AUGCCUAUGAUUGACAAUUGCAGUCAGAGCUUUGCCACUGGGAAUCAGGCUCCAAAGGACACUGAAAAGCCUAUAAAUGGUAAGUUCACAAUAUUAUAAACUUUUCUUUCAAUCAAGAAGUGUUUGAGUUCAAUCUUAACCUCUGAAUUGUAUAAUAAUGUCUAAGGAUUACGUUUGACUCCUCCAACAACCCUUGUCAAGCCUGAUAGCAGUUCCUAUUUAUAAUGUUCUCCAUUGCAACUGCUUAGCUUGGUCAAAGGAAAGCAGUUACCACUGUCUGAAUUACAUGAGUAUAAUAAUUUUUACAUUGCUUGAGAAAGGUGCAUACAUGUUAUUUUUUCUUUGAGGAUCUAUUUGAAUGGUUGAAAGGUUUCCCAGAGAUUAAUCUAGAUCAACAUUUAACAGUAUUCACAGCUGUUUUCUCUGUUCUUUUCCAGCAACUCUUACACCGGUAAGACACUGUAACUUGAAACUGGGGCUUUGAUCCAUGACAAGCUGAGCUUUUUUCACUCAAGGACCAGUCUUAUGUAGUAGACACUUAUCCUUUAUAUUUGUGGGAAUAUCUGUUGAGUGGACAAUGACUUCCAGAAGACCAAUGACCCGUUCUUACUCUGGCAAUGGGAGGUCCGGCGGCAGCUACAAUGAGGAUGAGGUCAGCUCUUCGAAUGGCCGCUCGGAGAGCUGCAACUACCUCUCCAAUGUCAGGCCUGAAAACAGGUAGAUGACCUCUUCUUCCUUGUUUCAUUGUGAUGCUAGGUGUUUCAGUGUGACUCUGUCCACCACACACAUUCAUUAAUCAAUCAAUCAAUCAAUCAAAUGUAUUUAUAAAGCCCUUUUUACAUCAGCAGAUGUCACAAAGUGCAAUACAGAAACCCAGCCUAAAACCCCAAACAGCAAGCAAUGCAGAUGUAGAAGCACAGUGGCUAGGAAAAACUCCCCAGAAAGGCAAGAACCUAGGAAGAAACCUAGAGAGGAACCAGACUCUGAGGGGUGGCCAGUCCUCUUCUGGCUGUACCGGGUGGAGAUUAUAAGAGUACAUGGCGACUUAUGGCCAGAUUGUUCUUCAAGAUGUUCAAACGUUCAUAGAUGACCAGCAGGGUCAAAUAAUAAUCACAGUGUUGUAGAGGGUGCAACAGGUCAGUACCUCGGGAGUAAAUGUCAGUUGGCUUUUCAUAGCCGAGCAUUCAGAGGUCGAGACACCAGGUGCGGUAGAGAGAGAGAGUCGAAAACAGCAGGUCCGGGACAAGGUAGCACGUCCGGUGAACAGGUCAGGGUUCCCUAGCCGCAGGCAGAACAGUUGAAACUGGAGCAGCAGCACGACCAGGUGGACUGGGAACAGCCAGGAGUCAUCAGGCCAGGUAGUCCUGAGGCAUGAUCCUAGGGCUCAGGUCCUCCGGGAGGGGAGGGAGAGAGGGAGAGCGAGAGAAUUAGAGGGAGCAUACUUAAAUUCACACAGAACACCAGAUAAGACAGGAGAAUUACACCAGAUAGGACAGACUGACCCUAGCCCCCCGGCACAUAGACUAUUGCAACAUAGUUACUGGAGACUGAGAUAGGGGUGGGUCGGGGGACACUGUGGCCCUGUCUGACGAUACCCUCGGACAGGGCCAACCAGGCAGGAUAUAACCCCACCCACUUUGCCAAAGCACAGUCCACACACCAAUAGAGGGAUAUCAAAAGACCACCAACUUACUACCUUGAGACAAGGCUGAGUAUAGCCCAUGAAGAUCUCCUCCACCGCACGAGCCUGAGGGGGCGCAAUACCGGACAGGAAGAUCAUGUCUGUGACUCAACCCACUCAAGUGACGCACCUCUCCUAGGGACGGCAUGGAAGAGCACAAGUAAGCCAGUGACUCAGCCCCAGUAAUAGAGUCAGAGGCAGAGAAUCCCAGUGGAGAGAGGGGAGCCGGCCAGGCAGAGACAGCAAGGGCAGUUCGUCGCUCCAGUGCCUUGCCGUUCACCUUCGCACCCCUAGGCCUGACUACACUCAAUCAUAGGACCUACUGAAGAGAUGAGUCUUCAGUAAAGACUUAAAGGUCGAGACAGAGUCUGUGUCUCUCACAUGGAUAGGCAAACCAUUCCAUAAAAAUUUAGCUCUAUUGGAGAAAGCCCUGCCUCCAGCUGUUUGCUUAGAAAUUCUAGGGACAAUAAUGAGGCCUGCGUCUUGUGACUGUAGCGUACGUGUAGGUAUGUAUGGCAGGACCAAAUCGGAGAGAUAGGUAGGAGCAAGCACAUGUAAUGCUUUGUAGGUUAGCAGCAAAACCUUGAAAUCAACCCUAGCCUUAACAGGAAGCCAAUGUAGAGAGGCUAGCACUGGAGUAAUAUGAUCCAAUUUUAUUUUGGCCAUCUCAACAUAUCUGUGGAGGCUUUUCUAGUCCAAAAUGCAAAUGUUACAUGGCAGGUAAUAACCAUGUAACAGUAUUUCAGCAUUCUAAAGAAAAGCACAACUCUUAGAAUACCGGUAAGAAUUCUUCAUUUGUAGCCUACUUUAUAAAUACAACUGAGUCCCGUGUAAAAUCAUCAAAACCACCAAUAUGACUGAUGGGAUGCCUGUAUUUGCCUCAUCUAUGAAUAGCUACUCAAAGUAUUCUCAAAUCAGGUCAUCGAAGUAAUGCGUUCUUUUAAAACAUACAUUCUAACUAACAUAUUAACCUCACAUCCCGGUUUACCCCCAAGAGUGAAAGAGCAAACCUACACCUGUUUUUAACAAUGCUGUAUGUGAAUAUGUUAUAUUGACUUCUUUGAUGUUAUUGAACAUCAACGUUGAUGUACAAUUUCAUUCAUACAAAGUUAUAAAUAUUUUCAACAACGUUAUAGGUACUGUUACCAUGUCACUUUUUCAACUGCUAAGAAAUGUUAAAUGUUUGAGAGAGCAAUCUCAAUCUCCCUUCACAAUCAGUAAUGAUUAUUAACUGCCUUCUUCCCCUCCCUGGAAUAAACAACCCACUGGGCAAAGACGUCUAUUCGACGUCUAUUCCACAUUGGUUCAGCGUAAUUUCAUAAAAAUGAUGUGAAAACAACGUUGAUUCAACUGCUAUUUGCCCAGUGGGAAGUGUAGAAUGAAUAAUGGUUGGCUAAAAGAUACUUGAAAUAUUGGCUUUCUCAUUGGAAAGUACUUCAGCACAUGCCCUGAAGAACAGACACUAAAGCUAAAGCACCCUUUCUGUCUCCAGGAGUACAUUGUUUGGUGUGAUGGCUCAGCUGACUGAGGACACCCAGCCUGUAUUUGAGACCACCUUAAAAUCCAAGGCCGUGUCAGAGAACUGUAAUGUGAAGUUGACAUGUGUGGUUACAGGUAGGCCUACACUAAACAACCUCCCUCAGAGUUGACAUACUUACUUGCAUUUGUGUAUGUGUGUUGGAAUGCGUUAGAUAGAUAUGACUAGGCGAUGGUACUAGUCAUUCUGUGGUUAGUUUGAAAUCAAAGCAGAGAGACAAACCUACUUCUGAACAGCGAUGCAAACAUGAAUUGAGAAGGGCGAUUCAUAUAUAAACGUUGAUUGAAGACAAUGCAAAGAGACAAGUUACUUUAAAAUGCUUAUAACUGCUUAUGAAUGCUUAUUCUUAUGUUUUCUUCUAUAGCUUAUUCAUUAACGUGAAAAUAAAAGAAAACUGUUGAAAAGUAAAGGCAGCUCAGACUAAAUUAGCAAUGGCAUAAUGUUGGCGCAGAGAGGCAAGACAUAAAUAGGAUUAAACAUCUAAGCGGGUUUUGCUGUUGCCUUCCCCCCGGCAUCUGAGUUGGCCCCUUCUCAACCACAGCAGUAGAACUUGUGGCCUUGCAAACUGCUAUGACUCAACAGUCUGAAACAGGCCUUGGUUCUUGAUACAAUUUCCUUUCAAACUUUCUGUUCCUUUGUAUUUUUUUUGCUGAUUAAUUCAUUCAUAAGGUGCAUGAAAAAACAACUAAUGGCUACUGUGUUCAUACCUCAAGGAUAACCUGGAAAUUAGAAUAAUGAUCAUAAGUGGCAUAAUCUUUAUGAGAGAUAAACAUUAAACUAUAUCUAAUCAAAAAUAGAUUUUUUGAGUAUUUAACCUGGUCAUUAUAUUACACUGUAUGUCUGUGAUGUGCCAUCUCCUUGUGAUGUCCACAGGAAACCCAGCCCCAGAACUGACGUGGUACAGAGACGACAUGGAGUUGGACCGAUACUGCGGUCUUCCAAAAUAUGAAAUUGGCCGCAAUGGAAAAACCCACACACUCCAAAUUUACAAGUAUGUAAAACAAUGAGAAUACCAUACACCAUUUACACCAGAUAAUAAAUGUCACGAAAUUCAACGAUUAGAAUUUGGGUUUAGAAGAUGUGUAUUCUUGUGCUCAAUGGUGCCUGCAGUGUUCCCAAAAUAAUUUGAGUCUCUCUCUUUGCAGCUGCACAGUGGAUGAUGCAGCCAUCUAUCAGGCUUCAGCCAGGAACAGCAAAGGCAUUGUCUCCUGCUCUGGGGUUCUGGAGGUGGGCACCAUGAGCGAGUUCAAGAUCCACCAGAGGUUCUUUGGCAAGCUGAAACAGAAGGCAGAGAACAAGAAGAGGGAGUUGGAGGAGAGCAGGAGAAGGGGCAAGGAGACCGUCCAGAAGGCGCCUCAGGAACAGAAGCCUCUCCAGAGCAGCCCGAUCCCUCCUCAGAGGAAGCGCCGGACCCCAAGCGCCCCCUCUUCACCACCGGAUGGGGAGGAGAACACAGUCAGCCAGGGGGCAGCUGUUGUAGAACCUAAUGGGGCCGGUGCUGAAGUCAGUGAACCGACCCCAGUGACGACUACAGAGAAUGGGAGCAAGACUCGCAGCAAUGACUUUGACAACAUGGAGAUUGUCACCACCAAGUCCCCAACCACAGAAACCUUUGCCAAAAAAAAGAUAAAGAUCUCAAAUGGUGUAGAUUCUGGGGUUGUCAGCAGUAACAGUAGUCAUACAGGACCAGGCACCAGUGAAAAUGCAUAUGAUGGAGGAAUAAGUUUGGCUCAAUUUCUGGCAGAGACCCUUCAUUCACAGACUGCUGAAGAAAAGAAGAUCCCUGCACGAGUGGAGGAAACUGUGGCAGUGGAGGCAAUGGAUACUACUACCGCAGAUCCUAAAACAGAUGCAGAAAAACAGAAAGAGAGAGAGGAGCAGGGGAGAGAGAGGGCAGAAAGAGGAAGGGCGGAGAGAGAGAGGAUGCUUGGAGAAGAACAGGAAAGAGAGAAAAUGUCAAUUGAGGGAGAAAAAGAAAGAGCAGAGCAGUUGCAAAGGACAACAGGACAUAACAACACUGCCUCAGAGGUCAGAAUGGAGGCUAAGGCGCAUGCCCAUAAGGAGGGAGAUCCUCAUGAUUACCACCACAUUCAGGAAACUCUUUCCAAUGUGCUCCACUCAGUCAAAUACUUUUUCUUUGGUAAGAGUAAGAAGGAUCAUGCUUCUUCUGAGCAUCAUGUGAAAGGUCAGGAGAGGGACAGAGGUCAUCCAGUUGACCCAACACAGCCGUACCCUAGCCCUCCCCAUCCACAGGAGCCGGAUGGUCACCCAGAGGUAUAUAAAAAACCCACAGAGGAGACAGUGCACAUGGUGGUAGAUAGGCCACAGGAAGCACCAAAAACUGUGGUACCACACAAGCAGCUGGUGUCAUUUGAGAUGUUGAACCCAGCUGAACACAUGCAUGGAUUUACUGUUUCACACUCAGAAAAACCCCCGCCAGCUCCCAAAAGAGCACCAGAGAGUGUGCCUGAUUCACUGGAGCACGUUGAGCAGAAGGAGGUAUGUCCAGAGGUGAUGAUCAGUAGCAGUACAGACACAGUGCCCACAUCUGGCCUUCCAGCCCUCAGUGAGGUAAGUACCUUGUUGCUUCUGAGAUCAUCUUGAUGGCUCAGUCUCAGUCUGACACUGCAGUAGGCCAGGUUAUUUAUAGAUUGUACAUUUGAGCAACAAGACUUGAAUCUAACCACACCAUGCCAACAGCCAAAACUGUACAAAUGAUUAAGCCACAGCAAAUAGCCAGAUAAUGUCCAGAGUCCAGACUCCAGAGAACAUGGUGGAUGCAGAUGAAUGGUAUCAGAGACAAUGGGUUUGUUAGUUGUUCUGUGCUCUGGAGCAGACAGAACACACUUGCCCUUUAAGGAAACUAUCAGCAACAAGGGGACAAGUCAGCCAGGCUCUGUUACAUCAUCUAGACUGUUGAGAGUGCAUUAGUAUCACUCGAGAGCAACACCUCGCACAAUAUCGUGAAGGAAACAAGGAACCUGCCUACAUGAACAUGCCAACUUCUAUAAAAUAAUGAGACUGUUGGGGCAGUUUGCUCUUGACUAAUACAAAUAAUUCUCAGGGAGAUUGGAUGAGGUGAUGAAAAAAUGUGUCUUCACAAAAACUCCUAUAAAUUGCUCUGAUGAAACAAAUGUUGUAAUUCUCUGUGCACUGUUUCCACUGUGCUUUGAUGGUAAUCAUAAACCACUUGUCAAAAUUGGACCAACAUUCCAAAGAGGGCGGAGCGUGUAGACACAGGGUCUCAGUGGUCUUGUGGUCAGUAUGUAGAUAUCUCUGAGGCAGGCCCUAGCAUGAGAGUAGGACCUCUUCACAUUGGACACAUUCCUUACUGUCACCCUCAUCUUAAAAUAAACCUCUUUCUCUUUGGUAAUGGAGGAAGUCUCUCCAUACGUAGAGUGACUGGGAACUGGUGCUUUUAUCUCACUGUCAAACUCUCAGGGUUGUAUUAGCAUUCGUUUGCGUGUACUGUACUGAAGACAAUAGGAUAAGCCUACCAUUAUGUUGUGACCAUGAAAUAUGAUUACAUUUCAACAAUGAUGUAAUGGUUGGAUGAUGUAAUGGUUGUUUGAUUGUAAUCCUGCCAACAUGACGUACUGGCACUGUCCAAUUUCAUGUUAUACUGUAGACCAGGGGUGUCCAACCCUGUUCCUCGAGAGCUACCUUAAUGUAUGUUUUCGCUCCAACCCCAGUUGUAACUAACCUGGUUCAGCUUAUCAACCAGCUAAUUAUUAGAAUCAGGUGCGCUAGAUUAGGGUUUGAGUGAAAACCUACAGGAUGGUAGCUCUCCAGGAACAGGGUUGGAGACCCCGGCUGUAGACUAUGCAACAGUAUGGCUCAUAAUCGAUUAACAUCACUGGUAAACAGAUAUGGUUAUGUUUCAUGGCUUUACUUCCCUUCUAGUUGAAAUGCUGACAGAUUGUCUCAGUAAUGCAACUAGAAUCCACAUCUCUCUCAAUGCCAGUGACACAUGAUGACACAGAUUCUAUUAGUCCCCUAUGGUGGUAAUUUAAUUAACCUUCAAGUCUUCUGUCCAGUGUUUGUAUGGAUUAGAACAACGUGCAGUAAGGGGAGCCGCUCUCCACUCUCCACUCUUCACACACACUUACACCUGGCAAGCAGUGUUUUUGUGGAUAGGUUUCUCCAUAAUGUGGAACUGCAACUCCUCUUUUCUGUUGUAGCGAGUUAAUGUUAGAUGUUGGGGCACAUCAAUUGGAGGAACUCAUAACAUUUGACAGAACUUGUGCUUGCGCACAAGAGUGAAACUUCUGUGAAAUAAAGAGGCCUAGUUCUUGCCAGAGCUCCAUUUUUAGAUUGAACGUGACACCAGUUCCUCUCCAUUAACCACAACUUCUAUUUUAUGGGCUCUCCUGUUCUACCAUGUUGUCAUGGAACUGCACGUGGUUGGUUUCUGUCAGUAGCACAUGAAAGUGAUAUGUCAUUAAUGACUUAAGGAAAAAAUGAUCUGAGAAAAAGUCAGGGGAAGUUGUAGAUAGGACUGACAUAGAUUCCUCAAAAUGAUAAAUAUUAUUAUACAGUGUAAACUACAUAGUGCUCUUCAAACAAACCUGUAAUCCAUGAAAAAUAAACAUUUGUUUUAAGAUUAAGAUAGAAAUUGCUUUUGCCUCAGGGAUUGUUACUUUUAAAAGGCUCAGUCUUUCAAAACAGGAAACAUGUUGACACAAAUAUAAUGGAUGACUUUUACAUGAAAGUCACAUAGGUGUUGUCCCUAUUUCCCCAAAGACAACUGAAUUUUCUGAGUUUGUGCUGGGCAAUGGCAAAAUACUUUGAGCAUGAGUCACUUGAGGUGGGAUGAAAUUAUGGUCCCUUGCCAACAGACAGGCACUCAUUAAUUCAGCUCACUAGCUCAUUGUGUAAAUAACACACCUGUUAAAGGACUGAUCGGAGACCUAUGUACAGGUACUUGAGAAGUGUUCUCCCUGUUUCAUUAUUUGUUUCAUUUACAUUUUUAGUCAUUUAGCAGACGCUCUUAUCCAGAGCGACUUACAGUCGGGAAUUGAACCCACAACCCUGGCGUUGCAAACGCCAUGCUCUAUCAACUGAGCUACAUCCCUGCCGGCCAUUCCCUCCCCUACCCUGGACGACGCUGGGCCAAUUGUGCACCACCCCAUGGGCCUCCCGGUCGCGGCCGGCUGCGACAGAGCCUGGAUUCGAACCAGGAUCUCUAGUGGCACAGUUUGCACUGCGAUGCAGUGCCUUAGACCACUGCGCCACUCAGGAGUUUCAGUCUUAGGUAGUAUUUCGUAUUUUGGCUGUCAGACGUUUUUUGGAGACUUAUUUGCUCCGCCUUUCUUUUAUCGUGAUAAGUUCGUUAUUUUGUAUUUUGGCUUCGGGAUCACCAGUAAAGAUCCUUGUUUCACCAUCUCUGCCUACUGCCUAUCCUGCACCGCACCUGGGUCACACCUCACCCCAACCCUUACAGCCUGACAUGGAAACACCUCAAUUAUCCUAACACAAUGGUCUCCCUUCAAAUACAUUGCUGCAAAAUAGAAAAGCAUGAAACAGAAUAAACUAUUAGAAUGGUUGAAUUUAUUGCAUCUUCGUAUCAUCAAAUCAUAUGAUUAUUUUGUUGAUUAUACUGCCAUAUGUAAUACAGUAGCAGUAGUUUGAUUACAGGUUGUUUCCUUGUGUGGAAAAAAGAGGAGCUGUUUACCUUAUCUUGUGUAGACAAAGCUGUCAGUUUUGAAACACGUGACAUUUUCAAAAUCUUGGUUUCAACUAACCUCUAGCCUACUCAAUAUGGUAAGGACGUGUUCAUGAAAACUGACAGGUCGUAAAAAAAAAAAAGAGAUAUUGUCCGUGGUCAAACAAACACCACGUAAAUGUUUGCUGAUACAACAUGUUCACAAAGGUAAUACAGUUCACGUAUGUUGAAAACUCUGAUACUGUAUAGGGAUCUUUAGAUGUUCUGGCGUUAUAUUAUAUCUGUGGUCAUCCUUAAAGCUGAUUUAUUAUGGAAAAAAACUUCAGUCAGUCCAAAAGAAGCACAAAGUGUCAAAUAGUCAAAGGUCAACAUACUGGGCCUUGAUCAUGACUGUAAGUCGCUUUGGAUAAAUCGUCUGGUAAAUGGCAUAUACUUUAUAUUAUUUAUCAUGUGGUUGGCCAUAACAAAUAGUUUGUCAAUGAUUUCAAACCGCUCUCCAUUGCAGUUAAUGAUUAGUGGGUUGUGGUACUUCCCCAAAGCUAAGUGUAACUGUAAGUCGCUCUGGAUAAGAGCGUCUGCUAAAUGACUAAAAUGUAAAUGUAAAAUGUAGAUGAAGAUUCACAGUCCCAAUAAAUUAUGAUUGUAUACACAGUGUCGAUUUUAGCAUGUAAAUCUUGGUGGGGCAAACAAACAAAAUAAAUGUUUAGAUGCAUGCCAGCAAAGCCACUACACAACACAACACAACACAACACUAAACAAUACAUUAAUUGCGCUAUAACCAUGACAAACGGUGCCCACAAACUGUUAGAGCCUACAUAAAGCUGUCCCAACAGCAGAGUCCCAACACCUUACCACUGCUACACCUGGCUAUCAGCGGAGCCUUGACUGGCAGCGAAACAGUUCAUUCAGCCUCAUUUACUGCCUUUAAAAAAAACAUAGCUUAUAUGGUUGACUUGCUUAAACAAAUGUGGUUUCUACUGACAAUUGAGAUGUACAAACUAUGGCAUAAGGAGACGACGAGCGGAUAAGAGGCAAUCCGUAAUUUCGUUUAAGACAUUAAUGAGCGAGCUAGGACAGACGUAGUCAACACAACUUUUUGUUCAGCACUUUUGAAAUGUACACCAAGUCAGAACCGUAGGAUAAAUAAAGGGGGCAUAUACGCAGUAGGCUAAAUUAUGAGGGGAAAAGGGACCAAAUGAUUAGGGUAAGGCACAUAGGCUACUAACAGCUUACUACACAACAUACACUUAGUAUUACUUUCUUAGCUACAGUAUACAUAUCUCCCUGGCAUAUUACAUAAUUUAUGCAGUAGCACACAAUACAUUUUUGGGCUCACAUUGUGGUGCUGUGCUCACUUGAACAGGAAGGUGGCGCGGCGGUCCUUCGUGGGCAAAUUUGUCAUCAAACUUUGUCAUCAAAGUCAGGCAUUCUCUGGAUUUAUGGUGCUUUCAAGACAACUGGGAACUCGGAAAAAAACAAGGUCGAAUCAUGACGUCAGUGAUCUUCAGGUCGGAGCUCUAGAAAGAGGCCCGAGUUCCCGAUUUACAAUUCCGAGUUGGAUGACCGUUCAAAACUUAUUUUCCCAGUCGGAGCUCAUUUUUUCUGAGUUCCCAGUUGUCUUGAACUCACUGAAGUCUGAGAUUUCCCAGUUCCGAGUUUCCAGUUGUUUUGAACGCGGCAGAAGUCAUGCUGGAUUGACAGCAUGGCCAAUGUUGAAUGUUUAUCCUUUUAACCUUGUAAAAUAAACCCUUAAACCCAGACUUGGACCACACACCCACUCCACUGAAUAGCAGGCUAGUGAUUGCUUUGCAAUGCUUGCAGUUAGCCACUGAUUCCUUCCAAACCACUCAUUGUUGAAUUUGCGAUUUCCAACUUGUUGUGUAAUGUUUAUGUCCAAUGGCCGAUGAGCCAUUGUUUACAUACGUUUUAUCUAUAAUUUCUCUUCAUUAUUUCUCUUCAUUUGACAAGGAUUAAAAAGGAUUUGCCAGUAGAUUGUCGACUUGAUUCAUGAUGAUGACUGCUAGCUUGCUAGCUAAGAUUAUGAAAGUAUGAUGUUGACAGCCCAAUCAAAGCUACGGUAGAAAUAACGUGAUUUGACGUCAUUUUAUCUGUGGCCAAUUACCUUGAGCCUUCUUGGAUGGGCACUUCUAAUGUUACUCAAUGGUAGCACCCAAGGGUCUUGAAUUUUCCCCGUAGAUUUUGCGUUGACGUAUUGACCCCAUCAGUGACAAAACACUGAGCCAAUCACGGCGCAACUAGAGAACAUUACCAACCCCUACGCUCCGUAUUUUCCGCUGGCUGCCCCACCACCACAGAAAGCACUGAGCUAGGAUGAAACACCUGCAUUUUGGAGCUGCCUUACUCAAGAAAGCAAAACAGAGACCAUGUUUAUAUGCGGCUUUAUUAACUCAAUUAUAUAUAUUUUUUACAUUGUUUACAAACUGAUAUGUGACAGGUAUUAAUGCCAAAAUAACAUGCAAAACAGGCAUCAAACAAACACCUGCCCUGAAUGACGGGUCACCACUGUGUAUACACUACCACUAAUGUAAAUCCAAGCGUAGUAGUUAUCAUGGUGUUGUAAUGAAUUAUUGUGUUGUUCAGGGAUUUCAAAAUACCAUUUGAGUGUGUUGAUGUUUCGUGGUACUAAACAGCUGUGUUUGUUUUUGCCUCAAGGCAACUGUGGACCAGACCCAGGCAGACUCUGUCCCCCAUGUGGUUGUGUCAGCCACACAUGAGCCAAACAUCCAAGUGUUUUCUUCCAGGACUGAUCUGUUGACAAGACAUGAUGACAAAACUGAAGAUUUACACAAACAAGGUCCAUCUGACUCUCCACAGAGCCCAGACCACAGCAGUGGAGCAGGUCCCAAUAUGUCAAAUCUCACUAGUAUGGGUGACAUCGGGAGUGCUCCUAACAAUAAUGUCUCACCCACAGUCAACCUGGGCCUGAUGACAGUGACCACAGAAAGUGAGAAAGAGAAGGUAAUGCAUGUGGAUGAGAAGGGCAUUGGAAGUGUCUAUGAGACACAAGAGAAAUGUUCUCGUGCUUUUGAGGAGAAAGGAGAGAAAGGUGAUGUCAAAGCAGAGAAUCAACCAUGUCCCACUUUAAAUGUGAGUGUUUUAGAGGAGAGGAGAGAGAAGAUACAUAACAAGGAGAUCCAUUUCAAAAGUUUACUCCCAGAGAAUUCAGAGAAUGAUGGUCAAAAUAUACCAGAGGAAUGCCAUCCUGUGACAGGGGAGGAUCAUUAUCUCAACAUAAAAGAGAACUCUACCUUAGGUUUGGAGGAUAGUCUUGAAAGUGCCUUAAAAGUGGAAUAUACUCCUGCUUUGGAGAAAAGUUUAGUGGACAGUUCAUUUGGCAACCUGAAAAUACAAGAACAGGUGGCACCUAUUGUGCAGAAAAAGUCUGAGGAACAGGAUGUGAGCUUAGAGAGAAAUGAAGUACCGACCCACACUAUUGAGAGACAGGUUAAAACAGAAGAAAAGGUGACUGAAAUAAAGGUGGAAUUGCUGGGUGAAUCUAAGAUCCACUCAGAGACCCAGCCUGUGAAAGGCUCUGCCAUUGUGUCCCCUGAGCCACCAGUGGCAGCAUCAGUUACCAGUCCAGAGGCUAAUUCCACUAAUCUGGGUGGAUACUUUGGAAAUGUACCAGAGAUUAGAAUGGUAGAUUCUGCUCUUAAAAUCCCAGAAAUCAAAAUAAUUGUGCCAGAACAACAGAUAAAAGAAGAGCAAGUGAUUAUACCAAAUAUAGAGAUUAUGGAGCCAGAAGUCAAAGAGCCUACACAGCCAUUAAUACCUAUUACACCCAAUGAACCUACAUCAGAGCCAGACAUUUUCCAAAAGGAUGAUGCAAAUGAUGUGUCAGACAUAAUGAUGACAGAAAAUAGCGCAGCUUUUACCUCAGUGGUUAUAGAUGUGACACCCACUCAAGAAAGUAUGUGGAAUGAUGAUAUCAUCCGACCAACAGAGAAAGUGCAGGAAGUUCCCCAACCAGUUGAAGAGGCAAAAACGCCUACGGCAGAGCAGCCAACUACCAUAAAGAGUGAGCGGCUCACAAAGACGUUAAUUCCUACAGUAAAUGUUUCCUAUACUGAUGACAGUAAACUCAGGAAAAUGGAUCAUGAGCAUCCACUUCUCAAGCCCCCCGUCUUAGAUAGAGGAAAGCCAAAGGAAGCACCCAAAGUGCCUCUGUGUGUGGUCCCUCCUAUUUCUGAAAGCAAAGAGCUUCCUAAAAAUGGGAAUAAAGAAUCAGAAUCAUUGGCGGAUAUGCUCAGGGGGGUCAAGAGUGAUUUUGAAAAUUAUACUUCCUCUGAGUCUGACAAACCCCAUAGUGAUCCACAGAAACAGACUACAAAAACAAAGGAACAGAGUGGGAUAGACAACUUCCCCUCUUUGUCAUAUAAAGCCUUAGUGCCAACAGAAGUAACAACAAUGCAAAAUGCAGUGGACAUCAGUUUUACUGAAGCUGAAAAAGUAAAACCACUCAAAGAGUCAAGGAUAGAGUCUUACAUCAUUGGCAAUGAACCAAGAGAAAGAAACUCUAUUGAAAGGCUUGCUGUCAAACCCCCAACACCCCCCAGGAGUCCCAGCAGUCUCCGCAGGUUCACUUCAAGGACUCCCCCUGCCAUUACUGUGGAUGACCCUCCUAACAGUGAGAAGACAGUGUUGGAGCAGAGUGGUGGAGACACCCCAACGUCCUCCCUGUCCUGUGAGAACAGCCCCAGGCUGAAAAGAAGGGACAGUCUGACCCUCAUCCGCUCUGCCACGCCUGAAGAGCUUGCCUCUGGAGCUCGCCGCAAGAUCUUCAUCCCCAGGGAGGGAGAAGGGGUUGGGGUAGUGGUGGCACUGGGUGUGGGUGGUAGUCCACUAGACACCCAGGUCAAGAAGGAGGCUCCAUACAUGUCGCCCAGUCAGGCUCGCAGGGCAGCGUUGCUGCAGGCCCCAACAGGCUCACAGACCCCACCGCUAGAGAGACGCUCCCCUCUGCUGAACCGUAGGAAGGCCACCCUGGAGGUGCCCAAAGUUGUGGAGGAGAUCAGCACAGAGGAGCCAGAGAGCCCCAAGACUGAGGUCAAACCUCCUGAGGAGAAGCGGAACCCCUUCAAAGGUAAAACAAUAAAAUAGGAAAAUAAUGAGAUUUUGUUUCAUUUGAAGUUAGUUAGUUUUACAUUAACCCAAUAUGGUUUGUUUUUCUCAUCUCUUGGUGUUGGUACCUCAGGGAGUGUAUAGUAGACACGUGUCUCCUAUCAGAGUGGGCUGAUCAGGAAGCUUCCACUGGAGGAAGUGAAAAUGUUAGAGAGUAUCAUGUACAGUAUAUCUUUACCUUGUUGUCCCCCCUCCCUCUCCCACCAGCUCCUCAGGUUAUCCGUAAGAUCAGGGGAGAGCCCUUCCCAGAUGCCUCAGGACACUUGAAGCUCUGGUGCCAGUUCUUCAACGUGCUCAGUGACUCCACCAUCAAGUGGUACAGGGACGAGGAAGAGAUAGUGGAGGUGAAAAGAAGGUAAAUCCCUAGGCAAUCUCCCAUCCCAGAGUUUACAGUAUUUGCUUGCAAUACAAUCUAGUGGUGAAAUCUCAUUUAUACUCAAUCUGAUCAAAGCCAUCAUGUAGUUACAGUGUUAGACACCUGCCCUCUGAAAACAGUUGCUUUGUAAAGUGAUACAGUAAACAUUCAUUAACAGCCCAAUAUGCUGGUUAAUCUGGGCCAUGUGCUAUAUAUGAAGGACUAAUGUUGUGAAGAUGAACAGCCUUUAAUUAUACCAGCGUGUCAAUUACACAGCCAUGCCAUUCUCUCAUUCUCAAUCUGAGAGGUAUCCAGCGCAUGUGACCAGGGAGCCAACACAGCUCUGAGACUUACUGUGACGCAAGGUGAAGCUUUGGCCAGACAAAGCCACUGUAAACUGAGACACUCUAUUUCGCAAUCACCAGGGGGCAUUCAAGUCUAGAUCUGUGCUAUUGGCUGCUGGGUCAGCAAAAUCUUCCCUCACGCAAGCACGCACGCAGCACUACUGUCUGUCUCAGUCUCACAGUGACCUCUUGUGGAGGUGAAUACAAUAUUAAAUAUGCAGUGAGCGUGUGCCUUGUGUCACGUCAACCUGUUUAUCUUCCUUUAUUUCCCAGUGGAGGAGAUGAAAGCCAAGUGGCGCUGGCCAUCGUCCAGACAUCCAGUCGAGAUUGUGGGGUGUAUGGCUGCUCAAUCAAGAACGAAUUUGGGACAGAUUCCACUGACUUCCUUCUCAGUGUAGACCGUAAAUGAUGUCAACUAAACAUAAUUUUGAAAUCCCACAAUAUUAUUUCAACAGUUUUUUCCAUAAGUUACCAUUUGUGAUUGUUUUCUCUUCUUCUGCAGUACUUUCAGAGUACUUCCUGUGUGAGGAUUUAGAAGGUAAGCCUCACAGGCACUGAGAGGUUUAUACAGUAAUAACUUCUAUUUGCUUGCUGUAUUGUUGAAUACCUUAUGGCAAUUAUUCUAACAGUGUUACUGCUCCUGUGGAGAGUUUCUGAGAUUCAUAUUCUGUCCUUUACAGUUGGAGAAGAGAUUGAAAUGACUCCAAUGCUAUUCACCAAAGGCCUAGCAGACCCAGGCUACUGGGGGGAUAAGUUCUUUGGGCGCAUUAUGACACAGGAGGCCCACCUGGGAGAGGGCUGUGCACAUAAGGCCUGCAGGGCGAAGGUUAUCUAUGGCCUGGACCCUGUGUUUGAGUCCGGAACCACCUGUAUCAUCAAAGUACAAAGCCCCAUCGCCUAUGGGACCAAACAGGAGAGCAACCUUGCAGAGAGAAACAUGGAAAUGACUAAGCAAGUGAGUCUUAUUGUACGUGUAUGUACAGUACAUUUAAUCACAAGGACAGCUCUCCUAUAGAGUUAUGUAUUGCUCUGACUCAGCAUUUCUGUGUCAAGCUUGCAAAAAUGUACAAAAUUGGUCAGCUGUUGUUUGGUAUUGCAACAUAUGAAGUAAUCUGUACUGGGUCGUAUUUAUUAGGCACCAAACAGAAUAAAAUUGAUUGAAACGGGGAGGGAAGGGACUACCUGAACUUUCGUUUUCCGUUGCAAAACGUUUUGAAUAUGAAUAUGACCCUGGUCAUGUGGUAUUAUAGAAUAAUAGCAUUCAGGUACUAAGUCACAGACUGAGUCCAGGGUUCAUACCAAUGCCUAACUGGCUUUGAUUAGUGUAACAAUUGAAUUGGAGAGCCUCAGUGUAGAGAAAAAGCAUACAGUGAGGGAAAAAAGUAUUUGAUCCCCUGCUGAUUUUGUACGUUUGCCCACUGACAAAGAAAUAUCAGUCUAUAAUUUUAAUGGUAGGUUUAUUUGAACAGUGAGAGACAGAAUAACAACAAAAUAAUCCAGAAAAACGCAUGUCAAAAAUGUUAUAAGUUGAUUUGCAUUUUAAUGAGGGAAAUAAGUAAAGCCAAUGGCAGAGCCAUUUCUGGGAGCCAGAAAUCUUUCUGAUUGAGAGGGGGUCAAAUACUUAUUUCCCUCAUUAAAAUGCAAAUCAAUUUAUAACAUUUUUGACAUGCGUUUUUCUGGAUUUUUGUUGUUGUUAUUCUGUCUCUCACUGUUCAAAUAAACCUACCAGCAAAAUUAUAGACUGAUAAUUUCUUUGUCAGUGGGCAAACGUACAAAAUCAGCAGGGGAUCAAAUACUUUUUUCCCUCACUGUAAUAAAAUGUGCCACAAAUGCAAUGCAUCUUCGCAUUUUGUCUCACCAGGAGUGCAAAAUCCAAAACACAGUUCGAGAGUAUUGCAAAAUCUUUGCAGCUGAGGCGAGGGUGAUUGAAAACUUUGGCUUUUCACUGGAGUAAGUAAUAUUUAUAAUGAUUGCAAAGUAUAUUUUGAUCAUUAAAAAAUUCUUUUUUAUGAAUAUUUUUUAAUGAAUACACUUAUCAAUGAUCAUUAUCAAUACACAAUAUUAUGAGUAAAAAAACGACAGAGUAUGAUUAUGUAAUUAUUUCCCUGCACGUGCCAACACCUUUCUGUACACAGUGUGAGCCCUCUCUAUAUGGUGUACCGCCCUGCCAACUCUGUCCCCUACGCCACUGUGGAGGCUGACCUGAAAGGCAUCUUCCUCAAGUACUGUAUGAUGGAUGCCAAAGGCAGGCUGAUCACCAGAGCCACCUCAGAGGUGGAAAUGAAAUGCUGCUCAUUCCAGCAUUGGAUACACCAAUGGACAAAUGGCAAUUUACUGGUUACUGGGCUGGAGGGUAAGAAAGAUUAGCAGACAAGGUCAUUCUCAAAAGAAAAAGAUUAACAAAGUCAGUUCAAAUAACAAUAUGAUCCAUGUGAUUUGUUUCUUUCAGGUGUUGGACCGAAGAUCACUAAAGUUAGAAUCAUCACGAAAUCAAAGGGGUUUGUAUAUCGAAAUAUCAGAAUAAUAUACACUGCUCAAAAAAAUAAAGGGAACACUAAAAUAACACACCCUAGAUCUGAAUGAAUGAAAUAAUCUUAUUAAAUACUUUUUUCUUUACAUAGUUGAAUGUGCUGACAACAAAAUCACACAAAAAUUAUCAAUGGAAAUCAAAUUUAUCAACCCAUGGAGGUCUGGAUUUGGAGUCACCCUCAAAAUUAAAGUGGAAAACCACACUACAGGCUGAUCCAACUUUGAUGUAAUGUCCUUAAAACAAGUCAAAAUGAGGCUCAGUAGUGUGUGUGGCCUCCACGUGCCUGUAUGACCUCCCUACAACGCCUGGGCAUGCUCCUGAUGAGGUGGCGAAUGGUCUCCUGAGGGAUCUCCUCCCAGACCUGGACUAAAGCAUCCGCCAACUCCUGGACAGUCUGUGGUGCAACAUAGUGUUGGUGGACGGAGCGAGACAUGAUGUCCCAGAUGUGCUCAAUUGGAUUCAGGUCUGGGGAACGGGCGGGCCAGUCCAUAGCAUCAAUGCCUUCCUCUUGCAGGAACUGCUGACACACUCCAGCCACAUGAGGUCUAGCAUUGUCUUGCAUUACGAGGAACCCAGGGCCAACCGCACCAGCAUAUGGUCUCACAAGGGGUCUGAGGAUCUCAUCUCGGUACCUAAUGGCAGUCAGGCUACCUCUGGCGAGCACAUGGAGGGCUGUGCCGCCCCCCAAAGAAAUGCCACCCCACACCAUGACUGACCCACCGCCAAACCGGUCAUGCUGGAGGAUGUAGCAGGCAGCAGAACGUUCUCCACGGCGUCUCCAGACUCUGUCACGUCUGUCACGUGCUCAGUGUGAACCUGCUUUCAUCUGUGAAGAGCACAGGGCACCAGUGGCGAAUUUGCCAAUCUUGGUGUUCUCUGGCAAAUGCCAAACGUCCUGCACGGUGUUGGGCUGUAAGCACAACCCCCACCUGUGGACGUCGGGCCCUCAUACCACCCUCAUGGAGUCUGUUUCUGACCGUUUGAGCAGACACAUGCACAUUUGUGGCCUGCUGGAGCUCAUUUUGCAGGGCUCUGGCAGUGCUCCUCCUGCUCCUUCCUUGCACAAAGGCGGAGGUAGCAGUCCUGCUGCUGGGUUGUUGCCCUCCUACGGCCUCCUCCACAUCUCCUGAUGUACUGGCCUGUCUCCUGGUAGCGCCUCCAUGCUCUGGACACUACGCUGACAGACACAGCAAACCUUCUUUCCACAGCUCGCAUUGAUGUGCCAUCCUGGAUGAGCUGCACUACCUGAGCCACUUGUGUGGGUUGUAGACUCCGUCUCAUGCUACCACUAGAGUGAAAUCACUGCCAGCAUUCAAAAGUGACCAAAACAUCAGCCAGGAAGCAUAGGAACUGAGAAGUGGUCUGUGGUCACCAUCUGCAAAACCAGUCCUUUAUUGGGGGUGUCUUGCUAAUUGCCUAUAAUUUCCACCUGUUGUCUAUUUUAUUUGCACAACAACAUGUGAAAUGUAUUGUCAAUCAGUGUUGCUUCCUAAGUGGACAGUUUGAUUUCACAGAAGUGUGAUUGACUUGGAGUUACAUUGUGUUGUUUAAGUGUUCCCUUUAUUUUUUUGAGCAGUGUAUUUAGGUUGUCAUAUGGAAAUACCUAUUGAUGCUAUUAUUUGAAGUAGGCCUAUACUGUGCUAAUGUUUUACUAGUUGGUCCACAUCAUCUUAUCCAACUCUUAGUUAUGAAAUGACUUCUGCAUUGCAGGUAUCAAGGCCUUACAGAUGAUGGUUCUCCUAAGGUGUUUGAGCAGUUCCUGACCCAGCAUCAGUGUAACUACUACUGUGGGCUCCUCAGCCUGAGAACCCUGAAGCCCAUGGACACCCUGCAGCAGCCCCCCAAGAUCAAAGGCUCCCGGAGCCCCCUGCUCGGCAGGAAGUUGUGCUCGUCCAGCCCUCAGCACAACAGAAAGUUGGGCUCAUCCAGCCCCCAGCUGCAGAGAAAAGGACUGAACAGCCCCUUGACAACCAGAAAGGCCACCUCCAGCCCAAAGGUGCCAAGAAAGACUGGGGAGACAGAUGACAACCAGUCCACAGCCAAACCCAAGGCUGAGGAGAGUCUCAAAGUUGUGGUAUGAGGUAGCAACGUCAAAAGGGAAUACAUAUCAAAACAGCUUCCCUUUUCUUUCACGCAAACGUUAAGCUUAUUUAUGUUUUCCUGUCACCCAUUGCUGUAUUUAGUUGGGUUGAAGCUAGGACGACCAGCAUGGCCUUGAACAAAAUGUUACAGAGCUUGUGCCUGAAAAGUCUUUAUCCAAGAAGAAGAGACAAACAGGGAGGUUAGUUAAAAUCUAGGGAAUAAGUCAAUGACCCACCCUAUUGGAUGGUUAUAUAACAUUACAUUAUUUCUCAAUAACCAUCAGUAGUAGUAAGAUACUCCCCGUUCUCCAGCUUACUGCUGAAACGGUUUAACUGAGUGGAGGAGGUACAGUACCUUUAAGAAAACUUCCAGCACUAAGGAAAUGGGACACAGUUACCUCACAUCCAUUACUGUCCUCUUCAAAAGAAGAGACUUAUGAAGUGGUUGCAACAAUGGUGCUGGAUACAAAGCCGUGGCCGUAAGCAGAGCUUUAAUAGCUUGAUGCAGAUGCAAGGGGAGUGAAGUGCACCAACUGCCUUGUACAUCUGAGAUGUAUAUGUCUUGGUCAUUGAAAUUGAAAUUGUUGAUCAUCCAUUGGAUCUUGGUGGUAUAGCAUGCUUUACGUUUUUCUAUUAUGGCAGUAUUAUGUCCUAAAACUAUGCAUUGCAGUCUUCCAAACACUGAGCAAAGACAACACUACUCUUGCCUCUUUACUGGGAAUUUGUUUUUGUGCACUUUUUUUGUCAAUGUUUUCUUGCCUUUUGAAAACUGCCAGGUUUUUGUAGUUCAGUUCAUUUUUGUUGAACUUUGUUCAAACCCUGUAAUCUGUUCAUUGGAAAAGAACAUGUUCACAUGCUUAAGUCUGAACAGUACAGUACACCAAUCCCCUUAACCUGGUUCUUCAAAGGAUUGGCUCUUGUCAUGAUAUUUAACUGACAAAGCCUUGAGUGUUGAAGAGCAGUAAGGGGAUUACGGAAAUAAAUGCUGUAACUUUGGAAUGCACAUGUUUGGUGCCAUUUAAACAAAUAGGUCAACUCACAAAGUGAAAGAAUAAGAGCUAUAAUAUGAGAACCAUGUACAAACUACUUUGGACCUGGCCCAUUCUCACAGUAAAGCAGUAGCUCACCUCCAGCUGACUUUUGUGACUGAAAAUUAUAUGCAUUCACACCAUUCACACUACUGGAG